GGUGUAAGGUAACAGAGGAGAGAGAGAGAGAGAGAGAGAGAGAGAGAGAGUAUAUUAGCUGGUGGUAGUAGUCCAUCAUUUCAUCUGACUUUUCCUUUUUCUCUCUUUCCUCUCUCUCUCUCUCUAAAAAUGGCUCAUAUCUUCAGAGAACUCUCGCUGGGCCACUCCAAGAGAGAGAGUCAGACCACCACCACAAUGGCCAAGUCCACCACCAUCGCCACCGAUCUCCCCUCCCCGCUCGGCCAACUCGCCGCCCAACUCAGCGACUCGGACCUCCGACUAACCGCCUACGAGAUCUUCGUCGCCGCCUGCCGCACCUCCUCCGGCAAGCCCCUCACCUACGUCACCAACUCCAACUCCAACUCCAAUUCCGACUCGCCGGGGCAACCCGCCAACUCGCCUGGCUCUCCGGCUUUCCAGCGCUCCCUCACCUCCGCCGCCGCCAGCAAGGUCAAGAAGGCCUUUGGCCUUAAAUCUCCAGGUUCCGGCUCCAAGAAGAGCCCAGGCUCCGGGUCCGGUCCCGGGAAGCCCAAGAAGCCAUUGACCGUCGGUGAGCUCAUGAGGAUCCAAAUGAAGGUCUCUGAAGCCAUGGAUUCCAGAGUCAGGAGAGCUCUUCUUAGAAUUGCUGCUGCACAGGUUGGAAGGAGAAUUGAAUCGGUCGUAGUUCCACUAGAGCUGUUACAGCAGCUCAAGCUGUCGGAUUUUACCGAUUCACAAGAAUACGAUGCGUGGCAGAAAAGAACACUUAAAGUUCUUGAGGCCGGCCUCCUUUUGCAUCCUCGCUUGCCACUAGACAGAGCGCAGAGUGCUGCGCAGCGGCUGCGGCAAAUUAUUCACGGGGCUCAGAAUAGACCCAUUGAAACUGGGAGGAACAACGAAUCCAUGCAAGUUCUACGGAGUGCUGUUAUGGCACUUGCAUCGAGAUCAGUUGACGGGUCUCUCACUGAGGCAUGCCACUGGGCAGAUGGGUUCCCACUAAAUCUCCGGCUCUACCAGAUGCUUCUAGAAGCCUGCUUUGACAUUAAUGAUGAAUCAUCCAUACUUGAGGAAAUUGACGAGCUUAUGGAACACAUUAAGAAGACCUGGGGAAUCCUUGGAAUUAACCAGGCAUUCCAUAAUAUCUGCUUUACAUGGGUUUUAUUUCACCGUUUUGUUGCAACUGGCCAAGUCGAAAUGGACCUGUUAUAUGCCGCUGAUAGUCAGCUAGAAGAGGUUGCAAAGGAUGCAAAGACAACAAAGGAUCCAGAGUACUCUAAAGUCUUGAGUUCGACGUUGACAGCAAUAAUGGGUUGGGCAGAGAAGAGGCUCCUAGCAUACCAUGAGACUUUUGAUACCGGCAAUAUUGAAACCAUGCAAGGAAUCGUAUCUUUGGCGGUUGCACCUGCUAAGAUUUUAGUUGAAGAUAUAUCUAAUGAGUACCGAAGAAGGAGGAAGAGCGAAGUUAAUGUGGCUCGAGACAGGAUAGACACCUACAUUAGGUCAUCAUUGCGAACCGCUUUUGCUCAGAGAAUGGAGAAGGCUGACUCAAGCAGGAGAGCAUCCAAAAACCAGCCAAAUCCUCUUCCCGUCCUGGCGAUCCUCGCAAAGGAUGUUGGUGAACUAGCAUUGAAGGAGAAGCGGAUGUUUAGUCCAAUUUUGAAGAGAUGGCAUCCUCUUGCAGCAGGUGUGGCUGUUGCCACCCUACAUGUUUGCUAUGGAAACGAGAUAAAACAAUUCAUAGCAGGUAUAACAGAGUUGACACCAGAUGCUGUGCAAGUAUUGAGAGCUGCAGAGAAGCUGGAGAAAGAUCUUGUACAGAUAGCAGUUGAAGAUUCCGUGGACAGUGAUGAUGGCGGGAAGGCAAUAAUUCGCGAGAUGCCUCCUUUCGAGGCAGAAGCUGCAAUUGCGAAUUUGGUAAAAAUGUGGAUCAAGACCAGAGUGGACAGACUGAAAGAAUGGGUUGAUAGGAAUCUGCAGCAAGAGGUGUGGAUUCCAAUAGAAAACGAAGGAUAUGCUCCAUCUGCUGUGGAAGUUUUGCGAAUAUUUGAUGAAACUUUGGAUGCGUACUUUCAGUUACCAAUACCGAUGCAUCCUGCAGUGCUUCCAGACUUGAUCGCAGGCCUUGAUAGAUGCCUUCAAUAUUACAUAACCAAGGCAAAAUCUGGCUGUGGAGCACGGAAUACAUUUAUCCCCACUUUGCCAGGGUUAACCAGGUGUACUAUUGGAUCAAAGUUCCAAGGAUUUGGCAAGAAGAAAGAAAAAUCACCAAUUCCUCCGAAAAGGAAUUCUCAGGUUGGAACAGUGAAUGGAGAUAACGCUUUUGGAGUACAACAGCUUUGUGUCCGUAUAAACACUUUGCAAAGAAUCCGCGGUGAGUUGGAAGUUUUGGAGAAAAGGAUAAUCACCCAUCUGAGGAACUCUGAAUCUGCCCAUGUUGAAGACUUUUCUAAUGGCUUGGAAAAGAAAUUUGAACUCUCACCGCCUGCUUGUGUGGAGGGAAUCCAGCAACUGUGUGAGACAGUAGCUUAUAAAAUUGUCUUCCAUGAUCUCAGUAAUGUUCUAUGGGAUGAUUUGUAUGUUGGGGAACUAUCUUCCUCUAGGAUUGACCCUUUUAUUGAGGAGCUGGAAAAGAAUUUGCUGAUUAUUUCGAACACUGUGCACGAGAGAGUUCGUACGAGGAUUAUUACCGACAUAAUGAGAGCUUCCUUCGAUGGAUUUCUAUUAGUUUUGCUUGCCGGCGGCCCGGCUCGCGCAUUCUCCAGGCAGCAUUCUCAGAUUAUAGAGGAUGAUUUCAAAGCCCUUAAAGAUUUAUUCUGGGCCAACGGGGAUGGCUUGCCUUCAGAGUUGAUUGAUAAAUUUUCAACCACAGUGAGAAGUGUGCUACCCCUUUUCAGAGCCGACACAGAGAGCCUCAUCGAGAGGUUCAGACGUGCGACCUUGGAGACAUAUGGCUCCUCUGCCAGAUCUAAACUCCCACUUCCUCCAACUACCGGACAAUGGAGCCCGACCGAGCCAAACACGAUCCUGCGUGUUUUGUGCUCUAGGAACGAUGAAGCGGCUUCUAAGUUUCUGAAGAAGACUUUCAAUUUGCCAAAGAAACUGUAACCAACUCAAAUUAUGCCAUAAGGCGCGCAAGGCAUGCCGUUUUUGCACAGUUUAUUCGCGCAACAUUUCUUGCAGUUCUGCUUGUAUGUAGUGAAGAUUAUUGCCUUUGUCAUAUACUCUUAUACAUGGGUGAGUGGAAGGAGGUGGGUUUUCCUUCGAUAGUAUCACUAUCCCGUUGGAAACAUCAUGGGUCAACUUGAGGAGUCCGAAGAGAAUUGAAGAACAAGAUGGAUGGUUGGAUAUUCUUUUAUCAUUCGUUUUGACUCUUUUUUUUUUCAACUUUUAUAAUAUCCUGUUAAUGUUAUACAUUUAUUUUUUUUUACAACUUAGAAGGUUCUUUGCCGUCUAUUUAAUUGUUCGUUUCCUCUGAGAGGACACUGUAUGAAUCUCUACUUUCUAGUC